AUGAAAGAAGUUAAAGGGGAAAAUGAGUUUUUAAGCUGCAAUGUGGAACUGUCAGAAGGUGUUGAAGAUAUUGCUGAUGCCUUAAAACUUUGGGAGGAUCAAUUAUAUGCAGUAGAGCCACUUCUUGCAAUAUCGCUCAAGCUUCAACACCUCCAAGACACCACUCGCGGCAUUGUUGCAUCACUUGCCACUUCCAAAAAGAAAUUACUGCAAUCCACAAGAUGCCACAAAUAUAAGCGUCAAUAUUUACUAAAAAUGGAAGACACACCAAAGAAAGAAACAGCGUUAUCGGAUUUUUCUUCACCCGAUCCAAUUGAUGAAUAUGUGCGGCUGCAUAAAUGCAAGAGGGCGAGGGAUGUAAAUGUAAAUGUAAAUGCAAAUGCAAAUACGGAUGCGGGUGAUGUUUCGUUGAGUGUUACCGCUGAGGAACAUCAGACAUGUGUGGAGGCGCUUCUUCGAUGGGUUGAUGAAUCCAUGCCAUCGGUUGCGGAACCUCAUCUCACAGCCUCACGGAAGAAAUUAGUCGCUCUCCUCACAAAAGGGGAAUCACAUGGAAAAGCAAAACCAACUAAAGAAACGCUCAGUAAUGCUGAUGCAUUUUGUAGUAAGCAUUGGGCAUAUUAUGCGGAGCAGCUGCAUGCCGCACACAAUGAUGAAUAUGCGGCACUUAGGCGGGUGUGUGCUACGGAUAUCGGUGAGAGAAUUCGCUCUCAAAUGAAGUGGGAACAGUCACAAAGCAAUUCAGUUCAUGUCGUCACGCCUGCUGCUUCUGCUGGUGGUCUUCAGAGAAGUUUCACGCAGUUGUUAGGCGCAAAGGAUGCAUUGGCGGAUUGUCAAAAAGCUGUUACGGUUUUAUUAUCGCUUCUGGGUGGCGCACUUGAUGAAUACGAUGAACAAACGCACAACGUCAUCAAACGCGAAGAGGCAUUUUGGAACAACGUACGAAUUGCUGAAUGUGAAAGUGAAGCGUUACGUUCCUUGUCUCUUCGUGUCAAAAAGCAUUGUUGA